GACGACGACGACGACGACGACAACGAUGGCUGACGAUGAGAAACGGCGAUGGGUGGGGACCACUCGGAGUGAAGUAACGCACGGAUCCUCUGGCGGCAGCAGCGACUCGGAAAAGAAAAUCGGCGGCGGCAGCAGUGGUAAUAGUGGAUCAUGGUCAGCAUCCACCACCGACUCCGGAUCGGGAUCGGAGGUCUCCACCACGCUCGGCGCCGGAACGGGUAUCAGCAUUACGGAGGGAAGAGCGGUUAAUAGUGCCGGGGAAAGGGCCGGCGGUGGCGGUGGCGGCGUCGGACUUGGAAUUGACGGAGCGGGUCACCAUGACGAAAAUGAACAAAGAGUGGAAAGAGACAGUGAGGGAAGACCGGUCGUAUAUAAGGUCUAUAAAAGGAGGUGGUUCGGGUUGGUGCAGUUGACCUUGUUGAAUAUCAUUGUUAGCUGGGAUUGGCUCACCUUCUCGCCCGUCGCCUCCCAGGCCGCCGCCUACUUCCGCACCACUGGAACGACCAUCAACUGGCUCAGCACCGCCUUCCUCUUCGCCUUCGCCUUCAUCACGCCCCUGGUCAUCUACGUCCUGCACCUCGGCCCCAAGUUAUCCAUCACCACUGCCGCUGCCCUUCUGCUCAUCGGCAACUGGGUCCGCUACGGGGGCUCCCACUCUUCCUCUCCUUCAGGUGGCCACUUCGGCAUCGUCAUGUUCGGCCAGAUCCUCAUCGGGCUCGCCCAACCCUUUGUCCUAGCCGCUCCCGCCCGCUACUCGGAUCUAUGGUUCACCAACCGCGGCCGCGUCGCCGCCACCGCCUUGACUUCCCUCGCCAACCCGUUUGGCGCCGCGCUAGGCCAGUUGAUUGUGCCAUUCUGGGUCGACAAGCCAUCCGACAUAUCAAGAAUGGUUCUCUACGUCUCCAUCAUCUCCUCCAUCUGCUCCGUUCCCGCCUUCUUCAUCCCCUCCCGGCCUCCGACGCCCGCUGCCCCGUCUUCCGCCACGCCCAAAUUACCUCUCCGCACUUCGGCCGCGAUCCUACUAGGCCACGCCGAAUUCUGGCUCCUCUUCGUCCCCUUUGCCGUCUACGUCGGCGCUUUCAACUCCAUCUCCUCGCUGCUCAACCAAAUCAUGGAACCCCAUGGCUAUACCGACGAAGAAGCCGGCAUCGCGGGGGCCGUGCUCAUCGUUGUUGGGCUGCUUGUGUCGGCCAUCACUUCGCCCAUCAUCGACAGGACGAAAGCGUUUUUAACUACAAUCCGUAUUGCCGUCCCGCUUAUUGGGAUCUGCUACCUCGUCUUUCUUUGGAUGCCGUCCACCCACGACUCUGCGGGCCUCGCUGGUCCUUAUGUCAUUUUGGCCAUCCUGGGCGCGGCGAGUUUCAGUCUGGUUCCGGUGGUGGUGGAGUUCUUGGUGGAGGUGACGCAUCCGAUUAGUCCCGAGGUGACGAGCACGUUGGCGUGGAGCGGGGGGCAGGUAUUGGGCGGGGUAUUUAUUAUUGUUUCGGGAGCGUUGAAGGAGGAGAAGGGAAAAGGGGGGAGGCCGGAUGGGAAUAUGUAUUGGGCGUUGGUGUUUCAUGCUGUGGUGGCUAUGGUGACGGUUCCGGUGCCCCUUUGUUUAGGGCUGUUUGGGCGGAGGGAUAAGGUUAGUUUGAGGAGGGUGAGGUCGGAUGAUGGUAGAGGGGAUGGGACGGUAGAUGAGACGGCCUGAUUUUUCUUUUUCUGUUCAUGCUGAGGGUUGGGCUCUGCAAUGGCGUUAUGUUAUUCAUGAUGGAUGAUGGUGUAUGUGUUAUGGCUUGUUUGAUAUGUAUGUGGAUGCACAAUGUCGUUUAUACCCCCUGUUACGGGUUUUGGGUACAUCUAUUAGGAUCAUUAUCUUGUAUAUGUAGGUCUCCCGCUCCUGUGCUCGUCUCAUAGCAGGGCAGGCAGGGGUGAUAUUUACUUUUUAACCAAUCAAACUCAUCUCGUCACUUGUCACUCGUCAGCAUCACUGCCUCUCGAGAACCCUGCCCAACCUCGCCUCCCACUCCCCUCUCAACCUCUCCAUCUCCUUCCAACACUCCACCCCCAACAUCUCAAAUUCAACCCUCUUCUCCUCCGUUAGAUCCACCGCCCCGGAUUUCCUCCCCACAAUCUUCCUCCCAAUGUGCCUCUCCCCCUUCUCAUUCUUCAGCUCCUUUCUCGUCCC